AUGCCGCUGGCAUACCCAUUACCGACCGGCCUUCCGGUCUCGACGGUCAAUAACGCGUCGUCGCUGGUCCGGAUCGUCUGCUUUGCCCUCAUUUCGGGUGCGGCCAUCGCGUCGCGUCUAUUCGCUGUCGUGAACUUUGAGAGUAUUAUCCACGAAUUCGACCCAUGGUUCAACUAUCGCGCCACGAGGGUGCUUGCCUCGAAGGGCUUUUACGAAUUUUGGAAUUGGUUCGACCCUACAGCAUGGUACCCGCUCGGACGUGUCGUGGGAGGGACUAUCUAUCCUGGUCUCAUGGCUACGAGCGGAGUGAUCUACUACACUCUUCAGGCUUUGCACUUACCGGUCGACAUCCGUAACAUUUGUGUGCUCCUUGCUCCUGGCUUUAGUGCCCUCACAGCAUGGGCAACCUACAUGUUCACGAAGGAGAUGAAGGACGAACGCGCUGGCCUUCUCGCCGCUGCUUUCAUCGGCAUUGUCCCUGGUUACAUCUCGCGUUCGGUCGCUGGUUCAUACGAUAACGAGGCCAUUGCCAUCUUCCUGCUCAUGUUCACAUUCUACUUGUGGAUCAAGGCACUCAAGGAUGGAAGCGCGCUCUUCGGCACACUGGCUGCAUUGUUCUACUUUUACAUGGUAGCUGCAUGGGGUGGUUAUGCCUUCAUCACGAACAUGAUUCCGGUUCACGCCCUUGCACUCAUCAUCAUGGGGCGCUACACCAGUCGUCUCUACGUCGCAUACUCAACAUGGUAUGCCAUUGGUACGCUUGCUAGCAUGCAAGUGCCAUUUGUUGGUUUCCAGCCUGUCCGCACAAGCGAGCACAUGGGAGCGCUCGGCGUCUUCGGUCUCCUCCAGAUCGUUGCAUUCGUCGAGCUUGUCCGUGCUCAUGUCUCGUCGAAGCAGUUCAAUGACUUGCUCUACGUUUCGGUUAUCGGCGCAGGUCUCGUUGGUGCUGCUGGUAUCGUCGGGUUGACCUACAUGGGUUGGAUCGCUCCCUGGACCGGCCGCUUCUACUCUCUCUGGGACACUGGUUACGCCAAGAAGUAUAUCCCCAUCAUCGCGUCUGUUUCCGAGCAUCAACCGACUGCUUGGCCGUCAUUCUUUAUGGACCUGCAACUCCUUGUCUUCCUGUUCCCCGCUGGUGUCAUCAUGUGCUUCCGCCAACUUCGCGACGAGCAUGUCUUCGUUAUCAUCUACGCCCUCGUCGGCAGCUACUUCGCCGGUGUCAUGGUUCGCUUGAUGCUUACGCUUACGCCCUGCGUUUGUGUUGCCGCCGCGAUUGCCAUCUCCAAUGUACUCGACACGUACAUCGACCCCAAACAACCUGAACCGCCAAAGGCACCCGCUGAGGAAGAGUCGAAGAAGACCAAGGAGGCGAAGGAGGAGCCUCCCAUCGCCUUCACUCCGGAGAACAUCGUUGCUUCGGUCAAGAAGUACUUUGAUGGUACUCCGGCCAUCGGUAUCUACGGCCUUGGACCGCGGUUAGCCGUGUUGUUGCACACGACGCUCCUUCUGCUAUUCUUCGUCCUACACUGCACUUGGGUCACCUCGUCCGCCUACUCCAGCCCAUCCGUUGUGCUCGCCAGUCAUACGAAGGAUGGGAUGCAUCUUAUUGACGAUUUCCGUGAGGCGUACUACUGGCUCCGCCAGAACACGCCUGAGACGGCUGUGGUCAUGAGCUGGUGGGACUACGGUUACCAGAUCGCGGGUAUGGCCGACCGCCCUACUCUUGUUGACAACAACACCUGGAACAACACGCACAUUGCCACUGUUGGCAAGGCCAUGUCAAGCUCUGAGGAGGUUGCCUACCCAAUCCUUCGCAAGCACGACGUCGACUACGUCCUCGUCAUCUUCGGUGGCCUCAUCGGCUACUCCGGCGACGACAUCAACAAAUUCUUGUGGAUGGUUCGCAUCGCGCAAGGCGUAUGGCCAGAUGAGAUCCGCGAACCGGACUACUUCACGCCCCAGGGCGAGUACAGGAUCGACGACCAGGCAAGCGCGGCGAUGAAGAACAGCCUGAUGUACAAGAUGAGCUACUACCGUUACAACGAGUUGUUUGGUGGUCAGUCGGGUCAGGACCGUGUGCGUAACCAGAUGACUCCGAGAGUUGGCCCGACGCUCGACUACCUCGAGGAGGCGUACACAUCAGAAAACUGGAUCGUCCGCAUCUACGCGGUCAAGAAGGAUGACCCCCUUGGACGGGACUGGAAAACGGCGAACUCGUUCGAGGCCGGAAAGAAGAGGAAGAAGACCAAGCCUCCGGUUCGCCGCAAGGCUUUACCUACCCUGUAG